AUGUCUAAGCACCAUGAAUUCAACAUUAACGCUGAUAUGACGAAAGAGAUGCAGGAGGAGGCGCGUAACCUUGUCAUUCAGGCCUUUGAAACGGAAUCGCUGGAGAAUGGCGUGGCUUCUUUCGUGAAGCGGGAAUUCCAAAAGAAAUACAAGGGUAUUUGGCAUUGUGUCGUUGGCAAGAACUUUGGGUCCUUUGUGACUCAUGAGAUGAAGGGGUACAUAUACAUGACCUGGGGCCCGUUGUCCAUCCUUUUGUGGAAGACAGUGACGUAA